AUGGCAAACGAAUAUGUUCUAGUUGGUACAUUAAAAAUUGUUAAAAUUCUUCUUAAUUUUGUUAAUCAAGAAGUAUUACCAGAUUUAAAUAUUAAUGAAGAUGCAUUCUGGUCUGGAGCUGAAUCAAUAAUUACCGAAUUAUCACCUGAAAAUCGUAGACUUUUAAAUAUACGAGAUUGUUUACAAGCUCAAAUUGAUGAAUGGCAUCGAACUCAUCCAGGCAAAUAUAGAGAUAUUACUGAAUAUAAACAAUUUUUAUAUGAUAUUGGUUAUUUAUCACCACGUUAUAAUGAUGAAAAUAUUCAAAUCAAUACCAACAAUGUCGAUGAUGAAAUAGCUAUUCAAGCUGCACCACAACUUGUUGUACCAUUAAUGAAUGCUCGAUUUACAUUAAAUGCUGCCAAUGCACGAUGGGGUUCAUUAUAUGAUGCUUUAUAUGGUACUGAUGUUAUUUCAGAAGAUGAUGGCUGUGAACGCACCAAUAAAUAUAAUAAAAAACGUGGUGAAAAAGUAAUUGCUUUUACACAGAAAUUUCUAGAUCAAUCUAUACCAUUGAUGAAUAACGCAUCACAUGCUGAUGUUAUCAAAUAUGAUAUUGAAAAUGGAGAACUGAAAAUCACUUUACGAGAUAAAAAUACGACUCAACUUCAAUAUCCUAAUCAAUUUAUUGGUUAUCAAGGUGAAGCCGAUAGACUUAAUUCUAUUCUUUUUGUUCAUCAUGGUCUUCAUAUUGAAAUUCAAAUAGAUCUACCUGGUAUUAAAGAUAUUCUAAUUGAAUCAGCUCUAACUACUAUUAUUGAUUGUGAAGAUUCAGUUGCAGCAGUUGAUGCUUAUGAUAAAGUACAAGUAUAUCGUAAUUGGCUUGGUUUAAUGAAAGGUAAUUUAGAAGCUCAAUUUGUUAAAGGUAAAGAAACAAUUAUUCGAAAAUUAAAUCCAGAUCGAAUUUAUACAUCAAAAACGGGAAAUGAAUUACGAUUACCUGGUCGAUCUCUUCUAUUUAUUCGUCAUGUUGGUCAUUUAUUAUAUACUGAUGCUAUUUUAAAUAAUGAUAAUCAAGAAAUUCCUGAAGGAAUUCUUGAUGCUCUCAUUACAACUUUAAUUGCAUUACAUGAUAUUAAUGAUAAACGAAAAGAAAGAAUUCAAAAUAGUCGUAAAGAUUCAAUUUAUAUUGUUAAACCAAAACAACAUGGUCCAGAAGAAGUUGCUUUUACUUCAAAUUUAUUUUGUCGUAUUGAAGAUCUUUUAAAAUUACCUCGCUAUACACUUAAAAUAGGUAUUAUGGAUGAAGAACGUCGUACAACAGUCAAUCUUAGUGCAUGUAUUCGUGAAGUUAAAGAUCGUCUUGUAUUUAUUAAUACAGGAUUUCUUGAUCGAACCGGUGAUGAAAUUCAUACAUCAAUGGAAGCUGGUCCUUUCGUACCUAAGAGUCAAAUGAAAGAAAGUAAAUGGUUAAAUGCAUAUGAAAAGAAUAAUGUUGAAAUUGGAUUAAAAUGUGGUUUAUCCGGGAAAGCACAGAUUGGUAAAGGAAUGUGGGCAAUGCCAGAUAUGAUGGCAUCAAUGCUUCAACAGAAAAUUAAACAUCUUCAAGCUGGAGCAACUUGUUCAUGGGUACCAUCACCAACGGCUGCUACUCUUCAUGCAUUACAUUAUCAUCAAAUUGAUGUUUCUAAUCGUCAUACUGAAUUAAAUUCUUUAUCUUUAUUAUCAAACGAUUAUUUAGAUGAUUUAUUAACUAUUCCAAUUCUUAAUACGACUCUAACAAAUGAAGAAAUUCAACAUGAAUUAGAUAAUAAUAUACAAAGUAUACUUGGUUAUGUUGUUCGUUGGAUUGAUCAAGGUAUAGGUUGUUCAAAAGUACCUGAUAUUGAUGAUAUUGGAUUGAUGGAAGAUCGUGCAACAUUAAGAAUAUCAAGUCAACUUAUGGCAAAUUGGUUACGACAUGGAAUUAUUACAAAACAACAAGUUAUAGAAACACUUCAACGAAUGGCUAAAAUAGUAGAUCGACAAAAUGCAAACGAUACUGAAUAUCAACCAAUGGCAUCGAAUUUUGAUCAGAAUAUAGCUUUUCAAGCUGCACUAGAACUUAUAUUAGAUGGACAUAAACAACCAAAUGGAUAUACUGAACCUAUUUUACAUCGUCGACGAUGUGAAGUAAAGUCUCUACAACAACAAAAUAUUAUUUCCCAUUGA